AAAAGAUUUAAUUUAUUUUGAAUUAUUCAAUAAGAUGACAUUCAUAGUAAAAACCAGGAAGGUACUCUUAAACAAACUUUUGAACAGAAGACAAUUAGUAAUGUGAUCAAUUAACUUUAGAGUGUUGAAUUACUCCAUCCAAAUAAGCCAACUCCUUCAUAAGAAUCAGUUGUUAAGGAAUUAGCAAGCAAAUAUAAGGCAGAUGAAAGAAAUGUUGUAGUCUAUGGUCUUAAAACAACAUUCGGAGGUAAUAGAACAACUGGAUUUGCUUUGAUCUACGAUACAUAAUAGUAUUGAGUUUACAAUUAAUAUAGAUAUCUUCUUAAAUUUGAACCAAAAUUCAGAUUGAGAAGAAGAGGUAUCAUUCCAAAAAGAGAUGGUAGCAGAAAAGGAUGGAAAGAAGUCAAGUCUAAGUUAAAGAAAACAAGGGGUUCUGAAAAAACAAAGAUUUACAUGUCAAGAAAGACAGAUAAGAGAGAAGUCAUCAGAGCUUAAAAGGAAACUUACCUUAAAGGUUUUGUUGGAAAAUGAGUGCAUUUAUACCACAUUUAAUAGUACAUUAUAAAUAAAUAUAAAUAUUUU